AUGACGUUUCUGGCCUGCUUAUCGACAGUUUUAUGUGUUUCCACUGGUAUUGGUGGUAUCAUUUUGGCAUGUAUCGACAUAGACCGUUUCAAUUUCGGCCUGUAUUUGGCACUUCUAUCUGUUGUUGGAAGUACCAUCUCAAUAGCAUUCUGCAUCAUCAGUCCCGGUUCAUGUGAAAGUCCAAAAUUUGUGGCUCAUUUCGCUAAUCGCAUUCAACACUCACUUUCGACUGUUACCAGUUUUAUACCAAAAGUUACACGUCCAUUUGACCGAACAUCGUUGUCUAAGUCGAUUAUUUCGAAGCAGAAUGGUGAUGAUGCCUCCAAACAGCAACCAAGUGGAACUAAUGUCAGGAUUGCUCAAUCAGUCUAUAAUAUUAAUCGAAACAGUUACAUACAAAAACGCCGUUUGCGGAGGAGUAGCACAUGGUCGAAUCUCGACGAAGCGGAUUCGUCAAGACUUCAGUUGAUCGGCCGUAGCAAGAAAUUAACGUGGAUGGAUGACCAUUCGACUGCUGAGAAUAUUCAGCGAUUAAGAGACGACAUGACUGAUUCGUCAAGAAAAUCCUCCAAGACAUCUCAUUCACCCAUGCUCGAACGCAUCUCACAAGCAUCCGAUAUCAAUUUGCUUGCACCUCCAAUAACACUUGUACAAACAUUCUCAUCACCCGAUAUUCAGUCCCAAACCAUCGUCGUAUCAAGAUCCGAUUGUUCAGUCUAUCCUAGUAUCAAACAAUCACGUUCAUGCAACUUUCUUCGUAUUAAAUCUCAUUCGACUAGCAAUCAAACGGAUGUUGAGCGUAUUUCGUCGGCAAGUUCGGAUGCAGCAACGAGUAGUUCGAGUCGUGUGGCUGAUUAUUCUGAUGCGUUUGAAUUUCGUUUGAUACCGUUUUCUUCGAAUCGUUCAGAGGUCAUAUCGAUAGAUGCCUCCGCAGAACUAUCCACAUCAUCAGAAUCGUAUUUCGCCUAUCAACUACUCGAAAAACUUUCGUCACCAGAAAGUCUUUCCACACUUGUUUGA